GGAAAGCAACAGACGACACUCCCGAAACAAGCAAUACGUUGAAGGACGCCAAGGGAAACGUAUAUUAUCAGCUUUCGUCCAAGCGAAGAGUCACAAUCACCAAAUUUUCGUCAGGAGAGAAAGCUGUGGAUUUGCGGGAAUGGUAUCAGAAAGACGGUGAAUACAAGCCAGGAAAAGGUAUUUGCCUGCCCAAAGCUCAGUGGGAGGCUCUGGUAGAACUGCUGCCAGAGAUCAACCAGGCACUUCAGAAAUGAGAUCGAGUGACUGUCUUUUUCAUCUCCUGAAUGUGUCAUAUCCUGAAGACCGAAUUAUUUAAACUCGGUUUGACACUUUUUUUGAUUCUUUAUUGUACAAUGCCUUUCGAUUUACAAAAAGCUAUUCGACCUAAUAUAUUGGCUCUUCAGCCUUACCGCUGUGCUCGUGAUGACUAUGAUAGUGGUGUUCUUCUCGAUGCCAAUGAAAAUGCCUUUGGCCCUUCAUUGUCAGAACCUCGCUCCGGAGAUCUUAACCGAUACCCUGACCCUCUCCACCCUGACAUCAAAGAGCGUGUUGUCUCUCUCCGAAAAAUCCCCUCAGUUCAUAAUGUCUUCCUAGGUGUUGGCUCCGACGAAGUCAUUGACUUGCUCCUUCGCAUUGCUUGCGUUCCCGGCAAGGACAAGAUUCUUAUCACCCCUCCUACCUACGGAAUGUACAGUGUUUGCGCCCAGAUUAACGACGUCGGUGUGGUUAAGGUCAACCUCGACGUUGAAGAGGGAGCCUAUCAAUUGGAAACUGAGGCCGUUAACCAAGCCUUGAAGUCUGACCCAACUAUCAAGGUCGUCUUCCUGUGCUCACCUGGAAACCCUACCAGCACUUGCCUCAACCCUGACAGCAUAAGGGCCGUCCUCGAGAACCCUGAUUACAGUGGAUUGGUGGUUGUUGAUGAGGCUUACAUUGACUUUGUUGACCAGACGAAAAACCCUUCUGUUUCAACUUGGAUCACAAAGUAUCCCAACCUUGUCGUCAUGCAGACUUUGAGCAAGAGUUUCGGUCUGGCUGGUAUUCGUAUGGGAGUUGGCAUUGCCAACGCAGAUGUCAUUCAAAUCCUCAACAAUACCAAGGCACCAUACAACAUCUCCACACUUACCGCUCAAGUUGCCCUUGAAGCCCUCUCUGAUAAGGGAUUGGAAACGAUGUAUCAAAAUAUCGAGCAGCUCAGACAGCAGCGUGAUCUGUUGAUCGAAGCACUUCAGAACUUCCCUGUCGCUGGCGUUGGAAAGAUUCGUGGUGCGGCUGAAGGUAACUUUUUGUUGGUCGAAAUUCUCAACCAAAAUGGCGAACCCUGCAAUCAACGCGCUGAACAAGUGUACAAGAACCUUGCUGAAUCCAAGGAUGUGGUUGUUCGCUUCAGAGGCAAGGAUUAUGGGUGCACAGGCUGCUUGCGUAUCAGUGUUGGUACUGAACAAGAGAUGAAGACUUGUCUCAAACAACUAGAAAUUGCUUUGCAAGAAGUAGCCUAGAAUUGGAAUACCACUAGCUCUUAUUGUUCUUUCUUUCACAGAAUACAAUCUGUAUAAUAUAAGUCUGCAUUUUCUCAUUUUAACUUGGAGCCAUGAUUGAAUCCGG